AUGCUUUAUGGUCACCUUCUUGGCAACAAUGAUUCUUCCCCUGUCAACCAGGCACUCGAACACAUCCGGGACAAUAUGCCUGAACUGGAAAAGAAAACGGAAGCAAAAGAAACUGAUCUUCUUUUUCUGAAAUCACUUAUGGAAGAUCCUUAUCUGCAGUCAAUUAUUAAGACACAAGACAAGCUUGAGAAUAGUGAAAAAGUGAUAGAACCUGUUUCCACUGGGAACGUUAAAGUAGCCCGUGAAAUAGCUACUACCUGUAGGACAUCAAGCCGACUACAUGCUAGAGAAUUAGCAGUGAUUCUUAGCAAACCCCAUGUUAAGUCAUUGAUUGAAACACACGAUACAGUGGCGGUGGCAAGGAGAAGUGGUGGGGGUAGGUCCGUGUGGGAAAGCACGGGUAGCCAGUUGCCUCUGGUAGAACGUGAACAUAACGACGCGAUGGAAACUCAAACAAUCAGAGUAGGAUUGACAGUGGAACAAGAUAGUCAAGGUAACUUAGUUGUGGCUCGCAUACUAGCUGGAAGUACUAUUGAUAGACAAGGUUUGGUAAAACCAGGAGAUAUCAUACUUGAAAUUAAUGAUGUAGCCGUUUCAACACCAGAUGAUCUCAGAGCUGAAGUAGCAGCUACCAAUGAUUCAGUUCGUUUCAAAGUUAUGCCAACUCAAGAAAAUGACAACAAACUGAAUAGAAUGCAUAAGGCCUUUAUGAGGGCUCUUUUUGAUUAUGAUCCCAAUGAAGAUUCAUUGCUGCCGUGUAAAGAACUCGGUUUACCUUUCCAGCUCGGUGAUAUUCUUGAGAUUGUAAACCAGAAAGACCCUAAUUGGUGGCAGGCCAAAAAAGUUGAAGGAAAUGGCUUUGUUGGUCUUAUUCCAUCUGAAGAAUUAGAGGAAAGACGUAAAGCUUUUGUUAAACCUGAGGCUGACUAUGUUCAUAAAAUUAGCAUCUGUGGAACCAGGAUUUCAAAAAAGAAAAGAAAGAUAAUAUAUCAAUCAAAAGCCAACACAGAAUUUGACAAGGCUGAGUUGAUGCUCUAUGAGGAAGUUACCAGAUUGCCUCCAUUCCAAAGACGAACGCUUGCAUUAGUAGGAAGCCAUGGUGUUGGUAGAAGAACAUUGAAACAUAGAAUCAUUAAUAGUGAUCCAGCCAAAUUUGCUUCUGUGAUUCCAUUGACCUCUCGCCCACCGAGAGAACUAGAGGAGAAUGGUAAAAGCUAUUGGUUUAUAUCACGUGAAGAGUUUGAAAAAGAGAUCCGAGAGCACAGAAUGUUGGAGUAUGGUGAACAUAAUGGUCAUCUCUAUGGUACUUCCCUUCAGGCAAUUCAAAAUAUUAUUAAAGAUGGAAAAAUGUGUGUAUUAGACUGCAGUCCUGCAGCCUUAAAAAUUCUUCACAAUUCAUCAGAAUAUAUGCCGUACGUGAUAUUUAUCGCAGCUCCUGGUAUGGAAUUAUUGAAACAACUCUAUGAUUUUGGAAGAUCAACUGGUGUAUCAAGUCGUAGUCUUGCGUUUGAUCGGGCCAGUUCUAUCAGGUACAGCUCAAGGAGGGCAAGAACUCUAGAAUCACUUGCUUCUGUUUAUGAGGAAGAUGAUAUCAAAAGAACAGUCGAAGAGAGUGCAAUGUUACAGAGAGCAUUUGACAAGUAUAUUGACUUAGUUAUUGUGAAUGAAGACUUUGACCAAACCUUUCUUCAGGUUCAUGAAGCACUUAAUAAAAUUAGCAAUGAACAUCAGUGGGUUCCAGUUAACUGGGUAUAUUAAUAUUUUGUAUCAAAAAACAUUGUUUGAUAAUAAUGAUGAUUCAUCACUUUCUUGUAAAGGCCAAGAGAAACAAAUAUUUUUUACCACACUUAUAGUAUUUUAUAAAUAUAGAUAAUAAGUAUAACAAAAUAAUAUAAUGUCAUAGUGUAGAUUUUUGUAAAAUAUAUGUAUACAGUAUGUGUCUGCAAUCAUUUUUUAUCGUUAUUAUUUUGUCAAAAUCAGUACAUCUUCAGUCCUAGAAUCGUUUAUUUAUUUUCAUGACAUUUCAUAAUUAUCCUUAAUAAAACAAAAGUAAAUUAUGUGAACCAGUUAAUUAUAAAUGAACAGUAAAAAAAAUUCGUAGUCAAUAUAAACUACAUGGGCAUGAAUAUGUUUUAUUUGAUUAUUUUGUAAUUCGAUUAUUAGUUUGAAUUGAUUAUUUUUGACUUUCUCUGUUCAGCUUUUCAAGUAUUACUUGUUAGAUACUCUUACCAAUAGACUUUAUUGUAGGACUACUUUAUGAUUUAAAUGGAUGUGAUAAAAUGUUGAUGUAUGAAAUUCUCACCAAAUUGUACGAAUGGAUUUCCAUUUUAGUUAAUAUUUCUGUUACCCUUUAGUCUCAGUUACCUUACAACAUUGUGUUGAUAAAAAAAUUUUUUUUUGGUUUCCUCCCAUUGUUUCUUUUGAUUUCUGCCACUUACACAGUUUAGCUUACUUUACUCUAUCUCAAUAUAAGAGAUUAGACCUGAAAUGGGAUCUUACCCAUUUUUAGCCUUUGAUCUAAUCUAGUUACUCACCCUCCAGACAAUUUUAAGUAGCUUUUUGAAUGAUAAAGUAGUGGUCCAGUCUCAAAAACUGUAUUAUAGGUUUUGAGGAAUUACUUAUUAGUAAUUACAGACCACUGGAACACUUCAGAACUAUAACCUAUUAUUAUAAAUAUUUUAUGAAUCAUUGAUUAUGAUCCAUUUGUGGUUUAGAUUAUCUCUAGCAAUGCUAGUCUUUAAUCUAUUAAUUCAAGAAGUGAAAUCGUUCCAUAAUAAUUAUUUAAGAUUUACAAUCGGAAAGAUUUUUGUUAAUUCCUUACCAUUCUCUCAGAAUAUCGACUUCCAAUGAUUGCUACUAUACUAAAUUCUUUUUGACUAAUUAAAAAAAAUAUAUUGAAAUUUGUUGCAAUAUUUUAUUCAUUUGUAUCCGUCCUUUGGUUGUUUCUUAUUUUUUAUUAAUUUAUUGUUUCUGUAAAGCUUUUCUUAAAAAGUAUGUGAUGUUAUUACGUUUUGUAGUUUAUAUAAAUUUUAUUAAUUAAUGAUGCAUUAUUUUCAUUUGCAUUCUCUGUUAUAAAAUUUAAUUUUUAUAUUUAGGAUAUGGCAAUUUGGUUAGGUUUUUUUUAUAUUGCAUGUAAGAUACCAAGCAAAAUUAAUUAUUUUUAUAUGAAUCAAAAUAUAUUAUGUGCACCCUUACAAAUUAAUUUUUGUUUCAAUGAUCUGAAUCCUAAGCUUUGUUCUAUAAGGUUUAAGAAUUAACAACUGGUAAUAAUAUUAAGUGCACAUGUAAAUUUAUUGUGCAAUAUUUUUAACAUUACUUGUUAAUGUAUUAUGUAUUUAUCACAUAUUUAUUGUAUCUUCAAACAUUAUUGUUUUAAAUUAUUUUUUAGUAAAAUUAAAAAUAAAUUAUGGACCACAUUUUUUUUUCAUCUGAAAAUGGCCUUUAAUUAGAAACUUUAUUUAUCUUUUAAAAUUGUUACUGUUGUUAAAAAGUGUAUGCUGCAGUACAAUAUACCAGCACAAUACAUAAUGUAUAUUUCUAAUGCCAAUUAAUAAAGCUGUGAAAAAUUAUUUUAUUGACAAGAGUUUGUAAAUAAGAAAGUAAUAUUUAUUUUUUCUAAGAAAUAUAUGAAUCCGUCCAUAUUCAGGGUAAUAUUAUACUUUUUUUUGUUAAAUGAUUGAAAUAUUUUUAAGUAUGUAAUCUACAAUAAAUUGUGUACAUACAUGUGACAUCAUAUUUAUAGAUUGCUUUUGUUCUCUUUUUUUUUUUCUUUUUUUUAUAUUUAAGGUAUGUCAUAGUGCUAUCACUUUUUUUUAUACAUCUGGUUUCUUAAAAUAAAUAAUUUUGUUAUAUUAUAUAUUUCCAUCCCUUAAUUGAUUAUUUAUUUACUAGCCAGUUGUGCUGGUGGAAAAUGUUAUUGUUAUAAUUUUUCUUGGUGCCUGUCUCAGAAUAUACAACAAUUUUUUUUUUAAGUUAGUCACCAAUUUGUUAGGAAAUUUCACUUUGUGAGACUACCAUAACAUGCAAAGUAUAAUAAACAAAUAAAAAUGAAUUACCGAG